CACAUGAUAUAAAAAUUUUCAACAUCUCUCUGUGGGGAGUUACCACCAAACCAAAGGCCUAGUGUAACCAAACACAGUUGAUGGCCGUAAAUAUAGCGAAGUGGGAUGUACGAUAGGACUCCUAUAAAAGCAAGUAGUCACGCUCUUCGUCGUCGCGCCCAUUUAACUCGCACACUUGGGUCUCCUUCUUGUCUUUCUUUGCAUCGCAAGGGUUUUUUUUCUUUUUCCUUCCAGCGCCAUGGAGGGUUCGUCUUCUCAGCCGUCCGAUUCAAAUCCUACGGUUAAUGGCGCUUCCAGAUUCCUCUCUAAUCUUCCUUCUCGGGGCUUCUUGUCCUCUACCGUUCUCUCUUCAAAUCCGGGUGGGAUGCGAGUCUACAUCUGUGAGCAUGAUACAUUGCCUCCAGAGGGCCAAGAGAUAAAGACUAAUCAAACAAACAUAUUGAUUAGAUCGCUUCAGCUUAAGAAACAAAAGGGUGAUUCCAGUUCAAAGGAUAUGAAGGGAGUAACUGCAGCAGAGGGUUCUAGAAAGCGUGCUCCAGAAAGGGUUCAGGAUGGCAGGGCUUCAGCUAAAAGAAGCAAUAGUCAAACUGGUUCUCGGCAAGAGGGAUCUGAUAGCCGAGCAGGUGAUAGGGACUUGUACAGUUUGACAGUAGAAAGGCUUCGUGCUCUUCUGAAGGAGCGGGGUCUUUCACCCAGAGGAAAGAAGGAUGAACUGGUUGCAAGGUUGAGAAAUUUAAAUGGUUAAUUGCUCAGAAGUUUCAGGAUAAAUCUGCUGUCCACAUUGUAUACAUCCAGGGCAGUGAUUUAGGUGAUUUUGCUGUCUUCCAGUUCUAUGUAACUUAGGAAAUGAGUAAAUGAGUCGAAUUGCUAAAUGGAGGGGGGACAAUAGUGCAUUAAGUUAGAAGAAGUUGAAAAGGAUACAAUAAUUUUAGGUUUUUUUUUUUUCGCAAAGACGAUUUUUAUUCUAUGCUGCAGUAUUUGUACCAUUAGAAAUUUGAUGGCUGUGUACAAAUUUUGUGUGUGCCAUAGCAACUACUCCUUUCAGUUGGAAUUUAUCGUGCCCACAUUGCAAUUAUUGUUGCA